CAUGUUUCCUUUUAUUUUAAUAAAAGAAGGUACAUGUACAUUUUUCUUUUUUCGUUUGGAGUCGUAUUCAUAAUGCAUUAAACCUUGUGAACUUAUUUUCAUAACACAUACAGUGAAGCACGUGAGACGUGGCCUUGAAUUUCUUCCUUGGAAGUUUUGUGGUGAUACAGAAUAAAUCAUAGUCUCAGAAAGAAGAGAUAUGAGCAAUAAAGUUUAUGGAGUCGCUGUCAUCGGUCUUGGUAUUGCGGGACGUGUUCGCGUGAGAGAUUUAACGAAUAACACGUCAUACAACAACAUCCAGUGGUGUUUGAAAGGAUUUGUCUCAAGGCGCAGUUUAGAGAUAGACGGUGCUCAACAGUUGACGGAGAAUGAGGUUUUUGACAGAAAAGACAUUGAUGCUAUAUUGAUUUGUACAGAAAAUGGACAACAUGAGCGACUAGUCAGGAGCGGAAUAGAGAAUGGUAAACACGUCCUCUGUGAAUUUCCAUUAGCUCUGUCCUCUAAUGCUGCAAAGGAGUUUUUUGAACAAGCUGAAAAGAAAGGUGUUAUUCUUCAUGAGGAAAAUAUUGGUUUGUUAAACGACUACAAAGAACAACUUAAUAGCAGUCCUAUUCCAUGGAAACACUGCGACAUCUCACUCAAAGGAAGAUACAAUGGCUGGGUGGAAGAUCAUGAGAAAUCAGGGCCACCCUUUGUAUGUAACAUUUCACUGGUAGAAACCGCUUGUCAUCUGUGUGGUGACGUGAAAGCUGUGGGUGGUUCCUACAGUACCACAGAGUCCAGCUUUGAGGCGGUGGCUCAGUUAGAAACCACAGAUAAGAGAACAGUUACCAUUUCUCUGAAGCGAUCGAAAGAUAGUGACGGGAGAGAAAAAUCCAUUGUAUUUCAACUUCAAGACGGGAGCGAACUCAACCUGAGACCGUCCAAAAUACCGGGAGCAAAGCUGGGUUUAUUCAUGCAAGAUUUCCACAAAUUUAUGGAAGAGGUAGUCAGUGGUAAAACAGACCAGGAAAUGAAAUCCAGAACGAUACGAGCUUUAGAAAUAGCCGAGGAUAUUCAUCAAGUUAUAAUGCCGAAAUUAGACGAAACAUUCUACAAAUGCUUAUCUUUCUGUAUGGAAAGGAAACGGCAGACAAGCGGGUUGGUUUUACAUACUCUGAGAAGAGAGACAUCGCUGGUAACGAUCAAAAUUCUCACUUUGCUAUAA